GCCAUCGUCCGCACCCGACCGUCACAGAUGACCGCUCUGGCUGCGCUCUCCGCUUACCUCCCCGCGGGCCCCGGCUGGCUGCCGACGUGGCAGCUCAUCGUCGCCGUUACAGCGACGCUAAACACCAUCGGGAACCUGACUAGUGUCGCGGCGUCGCGCAAGCUGUAUAACAAUGCGCCCGCGUAUGUGAAUCCGCUGCAGUCCCGCACCUUCGCCAUCUGGACGCUCACCUCCGCUGUCGUGCGGUUUUACGCGGCUUACAACAUUGAGAACAAAAUGAUCUACGACAUUGCCAUGUUCACGUAUCUCUUCGCGUUCUUCCACUUUGGCUCGGAGCUGCUCAUAUUCCGUAGCGCGCGCUUUGCUCCCGCGAACCUGAGCCCGGUCGUUGUCUCCACGACGUCUCUCAUCUGGAUGUUCACCCAGUACAAGUUCUACGUCCGCCCGUGACGCUACUAAUAGACCGAUGCAGUCCCUACUUACCCAUCUGUGCGGCCGCGAUUCUCUCGAUCGCCCGCACCCUUGCCCAAAAUAUACUUACCUAUUCUGCUCGCGCGC